GGCCCGGCGGGGGCGGAGCCGGUAGGCGGGGGCGGAUCCCGGCAGUUCCGGGCUCCCCGCAACCCCGGCCGCGGAAGGACGCGGCGCAGCGCAGCGCAUUCGGGACGAUGCAGCCGCCUCCCCGCAAGGUGAAAUUGACCCAGGAGGUGAAAGUGCGCUUCAUAGAGCAGCUGUCCAGCCUGCAGAGUAAGCAGCAGCGGGAGACAGAGCUGUUGGAAGACAUCAGGUCCUACAGCAAGCAGAGAUCUGCCAUCGAGCGGGAGUAUGGGCAGGCGCUGCAGAGGCUGGCGAGUCAGUUCCUGAAGAGAGACUGGCAGCGGGGCCGAAGUGAGACCAACGACUCCAGGAGUGCCUUUGCUGUCUGGAAGGGGGCGAUUGACAGCACGGUGUGCGCUGGGCAGGCCCGGGUGGCAGCCUCAGAGAACUACCGCAGCCUGAGUCUGGAGGUGGCUAAAACCACCCGACUGUCCAAGGAGCACCUGCUCAAGAAGAGCACAGAGCAGCUGCAGAGGGUGCAGGCAGAGCUCCUGGAGACGGUGAAGGAAGUGGGCAAAGCCAAGAAGCACUACAUGCAUCUGCAGCGGGUCAGCGAGGUGGCCAAGGAGAAAGCGGCUGAUGUGGAGGCCCGGCUCCGGAAGAGCGACCAUGGCAUAUUCCACACAAAGGCCAGUUUGCAGAAGCUCAGCACCAAGUUUUCUGUGCAGCUGGCCGAGUACUCGCAGCAGCUGGUGGUGGCACGGAACGAAUACCUGCUGACGCUGGGAGCUGCCAAUGCCCACCUGGGGCACUACUACCACGUUGAGCUGCCUGCCGUCAUGAAGACCCUGGAUGGUGACCUGUACGAGCGGCUCCGGGACCAUCUGACCCUAGUCAGCCAGACAGAACUAGAGGCCUGUCACGCCACGCAGGAGCGGUUUCAGGGGAUCCUGGAGGCCUCCACACAGGUGUGCAGGGAGCAGAGCCUCCUCCUGUUCCUGCAGGAUAACACUGCCUUCACCCCGACUCCUGAGCAGCAGUUCCAGCCGUCGGGCGCCGACCAGGCACGCCUCCUGGAGGCAAGGAGUGGCAGCGCUGGGGAGAGCGGGCUGGAGAAGGAGGCGCGGCGCUGGGCCACCCGGGCAGCCAGAGACUACAAAAUAAAGACUCAUGGCAAGCAGGUUCUGCAGAGGAUGGAAGCCAGGAGGCAGCAAGCCCCUGAAGCGGAGACACCCAGCAUGGAGAGGAGGAUGGAAGAAGUGAGCGAGAACAUCCGGAAAGCAGAGGUCAGCAGAGUAAAGGCUGAUGCCCGGCUGGUAUUGCUGCGCCAGGCUGGGCUAGACGUGGACACCUGGCUGGCGGGGGCCAUGGGACAAGUCCUGGAGGAGCUGGAGCAGGAGCGACGGCUGAGUGAGGCUCGCAAGUCGGACAAGGAGUCGACCCCCACGGCAGAAGAGUUCGAUCUGGCAGAGUUUGACGAUUAUGACGACAAUGAGGAGCUCUUUGAGGAUGCUGGUCCCUGCCCUGGCACUGCCCGCAUCUACCCAUCCACUUGCAGGGUGUUCUUCGGGUACCAGGCCUGCCAGUCUGACGAGCUGUCAAUCCGCCAAGGCGAGGAGCUGGAGGUCAUUGAGGACGGCGAUGUGGAAGAAUGGGUCAAGGCUCGGAACCAGGCGGGGCAGGUGGGCUAUGUCCCUGAGAAGUACCUGCUGUUCCUGGACGCCAUAGGGAGUGAGCACAGGGCGCUGACCGGGAGCUGCCAGGAAGGCCCCUCCGAGACCGCCUUGGAAAGGGAGCUCACUAGCAUUAUGACCAUGGACUUGGUGCUGGAGCCAGGAACAUGGCUGGUGCGAGCCCUCUACGAUUACGAGGGGCAGAGUGUGGAGGAGCUGACCUUCCCCGAGGGAGCCAUAAUCCGAGUGCUCCCCAGAGAGGAGGGGGAAGUGGACGAUGGCUUCUGGAAAGGUGACUUCAACGGGCGCGUUGGGGUCUUCCCUUCACUGGUGGUGGAAGAAAUAACUGGAGUCAUAGGAGUGGCUGGGCAGUCUGCAGGCAGGAUGGCGCAGUCAGUGGACCCAGCUCUCCGGACCUGGGAGCAGCACGCAUCCGCCCGCUGCGAGCACCGCCUCCACCCCCUGCCAAAGCCCCAGAACCCGAGCCUGAACCCCGCAUCAGCUGACGCUACCCAGCUGGGAGCACAGUGUGUCACCCGAGCAAAACUGCUGCCACCGACUUCGCCACCCAGUGGGUGCACUGGCCUCCUGCUUCUUCAGAGCCUUCCCACUCCUCCCCGGCCGGCAGCAGAAAUCUGGGGACAGUCCCACGGCAGGGAUGGGGGUGCUGGAGCUCACCCCUAGUGCGGCAGAGAACCUGAUCAGCAGCCCAAGCUGCCUCUCUGCACCCAAAUGGGCUGAUCAUUCUGGAGGGGUCCUGGGGGACCAUAGUCCCAGGGGAGUGCAGAGCACUCACAAAUGCAUGUUCCUCACUCCCCCAGCACUGAGGGGACUGGACAGUGGGUCCCGAAUCCCAGGAGACCUGCAGUGGAGGGAUGGAGAAGCACAUCUGCAGCCACUUCCCCUCCAGGCAGCUGCUGGCAGGGUGCUCCCACCCCUAGGCUUGGAGUGGGAAACGCAUCUGCCAGGAGGCUGGGGGCCUGUAGCCAGCGCUGUCUCCCUCCUCCUUUCACUGCCCACUUCCAACUGGCUCUCAGUUCUGCCAGACCCCCUGCCCCAUGUCAAAUGCUGAGCCCAGGGGCCCCUCCCAGCUGUGGGCAUGUGAGGGUUAAUCCUGCUCUCAUGCCCAUCUCACCCCUCCCUGGCUCACCUGCUGCUAGCUGGCAUUUCUGCACAUUCCCCCUGAACCUGCCCUGUGCCCCGUCCCCAGAGCAGGGCUGCAGGUGAACGUGGGGCAGGGCGGGAAGAACUGCAUUGGGUCCCAGCGCACUGUGCCCCUCUUUCUGCUGGGCCCAGCAGCGGCUGGUUCUGCUGAGCCGCUGUGUUUUCAGGCUGGUCCCUGGCUGCCUCGGCUGCCCUCCGCUUGUGCUGGGGAUGGCCUGGUCACUGGGCCCCAAUAAACAGAUUUCAUUCUGCA